AUGGCAGAAAUAGCAGAAGUUACCGAUUCGCUUACUCUUGAUCGACCUUGCACAUACUGUCGAGUGCUGAAACUGGAUGAUAUACAGCACGGAGGACGCAUCGAAGUGGCAGCAGAUGGAAAGGCUUACGUCGACUUUGGAACAGAGGUAAUGACCGUGGAGAACAAAAUAGCAGAGGUAGGGCCAACCGCGGUAGCUGCAGCAAGGGCGCUGUCCUACGUGAAUCCAGAGUGGUUUGCUCGCUUUGUUGAUCCAGAAGUAGUUUUGAGAACAACGCUGAAGCUGGAUUUCAAGCGAACCGAUGUGCUUCCAUCUUUGUCGGGCAUCACUAUGACGGCAUCAGGAGGGUGUUCUUUCUGUCAUGUCCUUCGGCAAGAUUUACUCACAAUCUGGGGGGACAUCGCCUUAAAGGAAGGGACGCAGCCAGCGGAAGCAGAAUUGAUUAUUACGGAGGUCUGGCUCGAUACCCUGUAUGUGUUUUUCACCAUCAAUCAGCAGCAGGGGGUAACAGAAUACUCCUCGCAUUACAAUCUCUACACUGACGCGGAUGAUCCAUGUGCUUCAUGGUUCAGCCUGGGCCGUCAGCCUGUAGGGAACAAUCCGAUGUCUCCAGCGUCCCUGGGUCGCCUGCAACAAUUGAUCGCACUUUCAGUGCAGGAAACACCCCUAGAGACAGAUGACAGCGGUGAAUUUCUACCCACACGCCUGCUGGAUCUGUCGUCAAGAGGUUGCUCAGCCUUGAGACUGGUUCUUCCGACGGUGAACCCAGAGUUCCUCUCACUGAAGCCUUCCCAGAGGAGGUACGCUACUUUGAGCUAUAGCUGGGGUUCGAUUGAUCAGGCGAAACGCCAACUUAAGACGGUUUCCGACACCCAUGUUGAGCACUUGUCGAGUAUCAAGCUCGGAAAGAUCCCACAAACAAUUGCAGAUGCCAUUCAGUUGUGUCGUGCCCUAGGGAUCCGAUUUCUUUGGGUAGAUGCUCUAUGCAUCAUUCAGGAUGACAAAGAGGAUUGGGCUAAGGAGGCACUCAGCAUGUCACAGGUCUACUCUCACAGCUUUAUCACUUUAUGCAUCCUUCGAGGAGACUCCUGCUCCAGCGGCUUCUUGAAACCAAAACAUAAUCCACUGACGGUGACCGUUCUGGAAGACUGCGAACUGGUGCAAACGAGCGUGGACCUUCCAGGAGAAUUUGGUCUCGCCCCGCAAAUUGUUUUUUUUGGAGAUUCGAUGUUCCACAUGAUCAGUGGAACCCUUCGCAAAAGUGCCGACCAUUCUGGCUUCGAGCACGAAACCUACUUCGAGAGGAAGGAUUCGCUUCGUGAGACACUGUGUUCCUGGUAUCAGUUGGCUCAGCUCUAUUCUAAGAAGCUGCUCACAUAUGAGCAAGAUCGGUUACCAGCCAUCGCCGCGCUGGCCAGGAUCAUUAACGAAAGGUUCCCGGAACAGAGGUACUUGGCGGGCCUAUGGGAGUCGGACUUACACCGGGGGCUUCUUUGGACAACAGUCUCGUUUAAGAAGUUUGAUGAUUACCACAAACUUCAAUCAACGAAUGGGUAUACGGCACCCUCCUGGAGCUGGGCCUGCCGUCCAGUGGUACUCGACUGGGUGAAAGGCCCGACUAAUCCAACCGUCUCGAUAUCAUCGGAAGUCACACUCCAAAAGGCGGACGUCAAGUCCGAGAAGUUUAAUCCUUAUGGCCGCGUAUCUCAGAACGGAAACCCCCGAGUCCAGAACAAUGGCCCUCGAAAAUUUCUCGGGAUUACAUUCAGUUAUACGCUAUGGUCGGAAACAGAUGAAUACAUCGCCAAUCUUCACUUGGAUUGGGACUAUAAUUCCGGGGGUGCUGAUGCAGACGGCAAUGCCCAGGGCCCUUUGGCUGAAAUGGCGAUGCUGCUGAUCGCCAGUACUAGUCUCGACCAACAUUCCAUAUUCCCGAGCUAUGAUAUUACUAGCCAAGAGGUAAUGCUGGGUAUCCUUGUUCGGCCGGUGGCCGGGACAGAGGGGGACUAUGAACGGCUUGGCUUAUGGUACACUGAGGAUCGAGGGCUUGGCGGCACGAAAUUCUGGAAGAAUAUCGCAGUACAGGAUAUAGCCCUCGUCUAG